CUGAUACAUAGCCGAGAUUUCUUUUGAUUCGUCAGUUUUGGUCAGAGAUUUUGAGUGAUUUCCUGUUUUUUCUGGGUUUUUUUUGAGGGGGGGGGAGGAAUCAAAUGGCUGAACGUAGGAAACAGCCGUCUGGUCAAACCGAUAUGAAGCCAUCCAAGAAACCCAAGAGUAAUAAUAGCUUACCUGAGUCACAGAUUUCGUCUCAAGAAUCUGAAACAGUGAGAAAAAUCCGUAUUUUUGUCAGUGAUCCUUACGCAACCGAUGAUUCUUCAAGCGACGAGGAAUCUGACUGCCGAAAACCUUCGAAAACGAAGCGUAUUGUCCGAGAGAUUAACCUCCUUCCCCUUCAGUCGUCUCUUGCUCCUCUUCUCGAAGUCUCUGAGACUUCCUCUCAGAACAGUAAUGGCGUCAAAACUCCCGCCAUUAGAAAGCGUAGCAAGAAAGUUCAUCGCUUGACGAAUAAGCCUGUUGGGGUUAGGCAGAGGAAAUGGGGGAAAUGGGCUGCUGAGAUUAGGCACCCUAUUACCAAGGCUAGGACUUGGCUUGGUACUUUUGCAACUCUUGAAGAAGCAGCUAAGGCUUAUGCUGAUAAGAAGGUUGAGUUCGAUACAUUGGUAUCUUCUAGCUCAGCCUCUCACUCCGAGAUUCACUCUCGCGCCGUCAAACCCGCGGUUUCCUUAUCUGAGGGUUCUGAGAAUAGCCUGCGUUCGCGUUCUUCGCCUUCUGCUCUUGACCUGGAUUCUUCUGCUUCAGCCUCUGUUCCUGCUGAUGGUGAUCUUUUGAAAGACGGGACUUUCUCGAACACUGAUAUUGCUUCUGGUGGUUCGGGCAAAGAUCCGUUGUUCGACUUCAACUUUGCGGAUUUGCAGAUUCCCGACCUGGGUUUCUUCAUGGAGGAGCCUCUGAUCUCUGGCACAAAUGGCCAGGAGCUAGACUUUGAUGAUUUCCUCAUGGACGACUCUGAGCAGCUGCCUGAUGACUUCUGCUUGCUGGACGAUGUGAACAUUCACGGAUUCGAAGGCGGUGGUCCAACCGAGCUACCAGAAUUUGACUUUGCAGAUAUCGACUUUGAGCUCGGUGAUUCAAAGUUUGCCUUCCCCGAUCAGCUCGCCCCCCUCAACGUUGCUUGCCCUUGAAGUUUUGCAGCCUAUAGGAUUUUUAGAUUUUGCCCCCCGAAAACAUGUUCUUAUGAGCUUUUUUGUAUUCACAGACAUAACACACAUGGUGGUGUGUCUGAAAAGAGUUUCUGGUUUUGUUUUGUUGUUGUUUCACCGGAGGAUGAAGAAGCAGGGGGGAAUUAGGUUAUGGUCUCUGUGUUCAAAUCCCUUUUCGGGUUUUUUCAAGUGCUGCAAGGGCCGUCCGAAACGGGUUUUGCUCAAGAUCCAUGUUUUGGCUCGCAUCCCCUUCCAUCUUCAUCCCCCUUUUUGGUUCUCUUAAAGACUCUAAUCGUAAUCGAGGCUUUCUACUUUAUGCGUUUC